GUCAGGUAGUUUCGCAGGAAACAUGGCGCUGUCCAGCGAAAAUGCUACGCACAGGCCAGGCGCCUUCAAACAGCAAAAUAAGGCACAUAAGCAUGGUCGUCACAGAAGCAACAGAUCGUUGGAAUCUCUCAGCAGGGGAAAGGUCAGCCUUAAAUUCAUCACGCGCAAGAACAAGCACGAAUUGAAGAGGCUAGAAAGAAAGAAUCAGAUUCAGCAGCUCAGAAAGCUGAAACGCGAGGAAGCCACCGAGAGAAAAAGGUCACUUGGAGGAAGCGGAGUGCCGCCUUUUCUGACGGCGAUCAUCCCGCUGCACGCAAACGAAGACCCAGCCAAGUUCCUCGAACUCGUGAAAGGGUGCGACGAGGACGCUGUCAUCACAGAAAGCGGCCAAGGGUACUGCCACAUCAGUCUUCCACGAUUCAAAAAAAGAUACUCCUUCGUGAUUCCAAGGCCGGGCGACGUGUAUGCAACCCUCGACGCUGCUAAGGUUGCCGACUCAACGGUGCUCCUGUACUCCCUUGACGGUGGUUAUGAUGACAUAGGCGACAUGAUGCUGUCAAUCUUAUUCGCCCAGGGACUGCCAUCAGCAAUCCAUGUUGUACAGGGGCUUGAGGCACUCCCACAAAAGCAGAGAGCAGAAGCGAGAAAGCAAGUCACCAAAGCGCUAGAGUCAAGGUUCCCCGGGGAGAAGCUUCGUGCAGUGGACAAGAAGGAAGACGGGUUGCUGCUGCUGCGACAAAUUGCCGAUCAGAAGCGACGGCUGAUAAGCUACAGAGACUCGCGUCCGCACAUGCUUGCAGAAAGCGUAGAAUUCUGCCCUCAAGAAGGCCAAAACCUUGUGGGAACCCUCAAGGUUUCCGGGUACAUCAGGGGAAAGCCACUCAGCGUGAACUCCCUUGUGCACAUCUCGGGCCACGGGGACUUCCAGAUGACACAGAUUGAUGCCCCUGAUGACCCUCAUGGCCUCAUUCUGAAGUCUCGUGACACAUCUAAGUCUGUGGAAAUGGCGGACCUGACCACCAAGAUUCUCGAGAAGGCUGACCCUCUCAAGCAAGAGUCGCUGCAGUCCGAAAACGUGCCGGAUGAGAUGGAUGCAGAGCAGACAUGGCCAACACCCGAGGAGCUGGCAGAAGCUGAAUCCGCACAGUCAGGGACAGAGUCAAGAAAGAAGGUGGUCAAGAAGGUUCCCAAGGGCACAUCUGAAUACCAGGCCUGCUGGAUCCUGGAUGACGAGAGCGGAAAGGAGGGCUCUGAAUCUGACUCCGAGAAUGAGGACGAAGAGGAAGGAGGCGAAGGGUUCGAGCCGAUGGACAGGGAUGACGAUGAAGUUUCUGACACCGACAACGCCACCAUUGCCGACGACACCGAAUCGAUCUCAAUUGCGGGUGGAAAGGAGGGCUAUGACAACCAUCUCGAUUUAGAAGAGGAAAAGGCUAGUCUGGUGAGGUUCAGGGAGGAGCGCAUGGACCAGAUGUUUCCCGAUGAAAUCGACACUCCCCUCGACCAGUCCGCGCGAAAGAGGUUUGCGAGGUAUCGUGGCUUGAAGAGCUUUCACUCGUCUCCUUGGGAUCCCAAAGAGAACCUUCCUCUCGACUACGCCCGUGUGUUCCAGUUUGAGAACUUUGCGAGGACCAAGAAACGGGUCUUGUCUGAAGAAAAGGAAGGUGCCAUGCCUGGCUGGUACGUCACCGUGCACAUCGCUAAUGUCCCACGAAAUAUUUAUGAUGAGUUUCAGACGCGGGGGGAUCCGCUGGUGCUGUUUGGCCUGCUGCCGCAUGAGCAAAAGAUGUCGGUGCUGAACGUGGCCAUCAAGCGGCACCCCGGCUACACCAACCCCAUAAAGUCCAAGGAGCGGCUGGUGUUCCACAUCGGUUAUCGCCGCUUCUCUGCAUGCCCCAUCUUCUCGGCGCACACCAACGGGGACAAGCACAAGUAUGACAGGUUCUUACGAAGUGACGCAGUGUCAGUUGCAACGAUGUUUGCGCCCAUCAUCUUCCCGCCUGCUUCAGCGGUGGUCUUCAUCGAGGACGAUGAUGGUCAACACAGGCUCGUUGGCUCGGGCGCUGUGCUUGGCGCCAAUCCAGAUCGCGUUGUCGUCAAACGAGCCGUGCUGAGUGGCCACCCUUUCAAGAUCAACCGCAAGUCUGCUGUCGUUCGUUACAUGUUCUUCGACAGGGAUGAUAUCAUGUGGUUCAAACCUGUGGAACUCAAGACUAAGUAUGGAAGGAGGGGGCACAUUAAGGAAGCGCUUGGCACACAUGGACACAUGAAGUGUGUCUUCAACGGCCAGCUGAAGUCACAGGACACCGUGCUGAUGCACCUGUACAAACGCAUGUUCCCCAAGUGGACGUAUGAUCCCGAAGUUGGGAAGCCUGCCCCCUUUUAUGAGGGUCAUGACGGGGAAGAGUGCAAAGCACUCAGCCUGAUGGAAUAAAAUGUAAAUUUGUUGCUGGUUCACUAUAA